AUCAUUUGUGAGUUGUAAAUCCAACUGACACAAUAUGAAAUUUUUCUUGGUUGUUUUGUUAGUAGCGGCUGUUGCCGCUAAAAAGGAAGAACCGAAACCAAAGAGGUCUUUGGGUUACGGUUAUGGAUAUUCCAGCGGAUUCUCCAGCCUUAACGAAGUCGCUCCUAGCGUUGUUGGCACUGGAAUUUCUUCAGCUAUUCCUGUAUCAUCCUUUUCACAAUCGGUUUUGACACCAAACGUUUAUUCCACACCUUACGUUGCUCAAUCAAUACCGUUGGCGCAACACAACACACACGGCUCUGUUCUUGGAUAUUCUACUCCAACUUUCCACCAAGCUUCAUCUGUUGUUGCUCACUCUACUCCAGUUUUCCACCAAGCUUCUUCUGUUGUUGCUCACUCUACUCCAGUUUUCCACCAAACUCCCGUGGUUGCUCACUCUACUCCAGUUAUUCAUCAAGCACCGCAAACAGUGGUUGUUCCCCAAAUCCAAACUGUAACUAGACAAGUUGGAGUUCCAGUUCCUCAACCCUACCAUGUUACCGUUGAUAGAAAAGUUCCAAUUCCUUACAAAGUCGAAGUACCACGACCAUACUCCGUUCCAGUUCAUGUUAAGGUUCCCGUUGAGGUUCCAAAACCAUACCCAGUGACUGUUGAACAGAAAGUCCCAGUUCCGGUUGAAGUACCUAAACCAUACACUGUCACCAUCACCAAAAAGGUUGCUGUUCCAGUUGAGGUACCAAAACCAUACAACGUUGAAGUAACCAAACACGAACAUGUCCCAGUUGAAGUACCAAAACCAUACUCAGUUACCGUACACAGGAAAGUUCCUUAUCAAGUGAAAACUCCAGUUUACGUUAAAGUACAACAACAAGUACCACACCCCGUCCCACAACCUUACGCAGUUCAUGUACCAAAACCAUACACGGUUAAUGUUCCACAAACAGUUUAUAUCAAUGAACCAGUUGUCCAUCAACCAAUCGUUCAUCAACAAUCCGUUGUUUCUCAUCCAGUUGUAUCUCACCCAGUUGUUUCUCAUGGAUUUGACACUAACCAAUUUGUUUCUAACCACUUCGAUCAACAACCAAUAAUCUCCAACCCGAUUAGUAUUCCAUCAACAGAACAUUUAACCUCCGACGUUAUCUCUGCCCCAUCGACCGGAGUAAUCGCAAAUAGCGCAAUUACCUCGUCUACUUUCGGUGUGCCAUCGGCAAGUAGCUUCGAAAGUAUUUCAAGUGGAUUUGGUAGUUUGGGAACGAGCACUUUCGGUUCCAGCGCAUCUAUCUCGGGAAUUUCCACCAGUUCGUCUACUGAAGAACAUUUGGGUUACGACGCUAACGCUAAACCAAUUGAAACUACCGUUGACACGAAAAUCGAUGAGCCCAAUGAAAUUGUUAACGAAAAUAAUUAAAGGGAGAAAUUGGAAAAUGAAAAGAUUGAAAAAUAAAUUGAUUUAAAAUGAAUUGAUUACGUGUGAUGACUAUGUAAUGUUUUGCUAGUCUUUAAAUAAAGGUGCUUACUUUUGUUUUUAAGA